AUGGGCCAAUCGCAUUCAGACGAGAACCCUCGGCGCCGAACCCGCGAGGACCUUACACGCGAGCUCGCUCGCCGCUUCGCCGACAAGUGCUUCACAUCGCUCGAAAUCUACUCUUACAAGGACGUCUUCAGGAGUCUUGCCGAUGAUCAGGAUGGCGUCCACUAUCUCAAGGAGGAGACCCUCUCCCGUUUCCUCGAGCUCCCCGACGUCCUUCACGCGUCGCCUGUUCUUUUCCGCAUGAUAUCAUACAUCGGCGCAUUUCCUUUUCUCAACGAUGCUCCUGUUGUUCUCGGCCGGGAGGAAAUGGUCAUGGUCGUCACCAUCCUGACGAACCGCUACCAACGAGUUCUCGCCCGAGGGGCCACCGACCGCACCAAGCUACUUUUCAAGAGUCUGGCUGUACAUGACCGUGCUGCGGCCGCUACCGAACCCAAGGAAGCAAGCAAAGAGGCUGAAUCUAAGGCAAAGGCACAAGAAACGGCGAGCCACGUCCCAGGUUUCGCCGUCGACGAGGCCGGCGACGAGGCCGAUGAUGAAGACGACGAUGACUUGGAAAUCGCCGCCUUCGAGCUACUUGAUAUCGAUGAUGCCGUAAAGCAGGGCGAUGCACCCUCCAUCAAGGGUGCCAUGAUCCCUGGUGACAAUUUCCACAGGAUCAUCAUGCUGCUGCUGCUCGUUGCACCCCUUGAUGCUCAGGAGAGCCUGGCCUUGCAUGCCAAUCGGGUCGUAGGGGACGAGCUGGAGAGUUUACGAUCGACGGCCAGGAACGUCCUCCAUGCCUUCUUGAACGUGGAAACAUCGCCUGGCAUCAAGUACAGCACCUUCAACCGUAUCAUUCCCGUCAACUUUCCCUACCUCUUUCAAGGCUUCAAUGCUUUGUUCGAGCAUUUCCUCUUCUCCAAAAACUUAGAUUUCUCCAAACACGAGAACCAAGCCGAGGAGAAAGAAAAGGCGGUCCAGAGAGAAGUCGCACAACCUCUUCUUCAGGACAAGGCUGACAUCAUGAAUUUCAAUGUUUUGUCCCAGCUAUCUUUCUUCAUUCCAGGCGCGAAUUUGUUCCGCAAGCUUAGGCUGCUCUACUCUGGCGCCGAAGCAGGCUUCUCCAUGGGCAGCUUCGAAACCAAAGUCUUCAAUUGGCGCGCUCCCACCAUCCUUCUCGUACGCGGCUCUCGCAUCCAGGAUGAACCCCGCGGCGGUCAGGAAGCCUCCUUUGCAGCCUCUCUGCCGCCCAAACGCUUUCCCCAUGGCAGUAAGGGCGACCGCCUCACCUUCGGCAUGUACAUCGGCCAGCCGUGGAAGCAUACGUCCAAAGAGUGCUUCGGCGACUCGGACUCUCUCCUAUUUCAGCUUGAACCUGUUCACGACGUUUUUCCGGCGUCUGCCAUCAACCGGGACUACGUCAGUUUCACCAAGGCGCCCACAAACCGCCCCCUUCUUGCAGCAGGCUGUCCGCACCCAAGGCCAACGCAGUCGCAUCGACACGACGGCAUGCUUGCCCUUGGCUCAGUAUCGCUGCUGCUUGACGACUCGUUUGAGUUUGGUGUCUUCAAUCACGACUACACAUCACAGGGCGGCGCAUACCAUAACAGCGUCUCGCGGAGAUACGACUUCCAGGACCGGUUUGAGGUCGAGAGCCUUGAGGUGUGGGGAUGUGGAGGCGACGAGGAGGCGCAGGCACAGGCCGCGCGGUGGGCAUGGGAGGCGAGAGAGGCCGAAGCCAGAAGAAAGAUCAACCUCGGCACCAGCGGCAUCGAGGCAGAUCGUGCGCUGCUCGAGAUGGCGGGCUUGAUUGGAGGCGGCCGCAGCGGCGGGUCAAUGGCUUGA